AUGGGAAAGCUCAUCCGGCUUGAGCUGUUCAACUUUAAAUCGUACAAGGGUCACCAUGUGCUUCUUUUUGGUGAUGCCUACUUCACCUCCAUCAUCGGACCCAACGGGUCCGGAAAGUCCAACUCUAUGGACGCGAUUUCGUUCGUUUUAGGUAUCAAGUCGUCCCACCUACGAUCCACGAACCUUCGCGAUCUCGUAUACCGGGGCCGUUCACAGGAUCCAAGCGGAAAGAAUGACCCCCGAACCGCGUGGGUCAUGGCAGUUUACGAGGACGAUGCGGGUGAGGAACAGCAAUGGCGCCGGUCCAUUACCAGCGGGGGUGUUAGCGAAUACCGCAUCAACAAUCGCAUUGUCACGGCACAGCAGUACAACGAGGCUCUCGAGGCGGAGAACAUCCUGAUCAAGGCCCGCAACUUCCUGGUUUUCCAGGGUGAUGUGGAGGCCAUUGCCUCGCAGUCGCCAAAGGAUCUGACGCGGCUGAUCGAGCAGAUUUCGGGAAGUUUGGAAUACAAGGCCGAAUACGAACGCUUGAAGGCGGAGGCGGAGGAGGCCGCAGAGCAGCAGACCGUGCAGUUGAACCGUCGCAGAGGUAUCAAUUCGGAAAUCAAGCAAUACCAAGAGCAGAAGCGAGAAGCCGAGAACUACGCCCGGAAGGCCGAGGAACGCGAUCAGGCCAUUAUCACGCAUAUUCUGUGGAAGCUUUUCCACUUCCAGCGCCUUAUUGAUGCGUCGAGUGCGGAUAUCCAGAAAUACCAGGAUGAACUAAAGGAGUUCCGCCGCGGCGUUGAGAAAUACGAGAAGAAUGUGGAGGAUGCUAAGAAGGAUCAUGCUCGGGUUGGACGAGAUGUUGCAAAGGCCGAGAAGAACAUCGUGGCCAAAGAGAAAGAGAUCGAGGAGGCUACGAAUGCCCUGGUACCUGUGGAUGAGAAGGUCGAUAUUACGAGAAAGAAGGUCGAGCGCUUCACCUCUCGGAUUGCUGAGAUUACUCGGGAGCGCGAGGGUCAAGCGACGAAUGCCAAGCAGCUCGAGAAGGAUCUCAAGGUUGUCGAGAAGGCUCAAGCUCAGUGGGAGGCCGAGUGGCAGAAGACCAUGAGCAAACAAGGUGGUCAAUUGAGCGAAGCCGACCAACAAGAGUACAAGCGGCUCAGGGAGGAGGUCAACAAGAAAUCUUCCGCGGAACAGCUGAACCUCGACAAUCUGCGUCGUCAGCGGAAGACUGAAGCGGAGGCCUACAACAGCCUGAAGAGCAAGUUUGAAGGCACCGAGUGGCAGCUCAAGACUCUGGAGUCCGAGACGCAAACAUUGUCCGAGCGCAAGUCGUCUGUCACUGAUACCGUCAAGUCCACGUCGAAAGAAAUCGAGCGCAAGAAGAAGGAGCUGAAUGCUCUAACGUCUGAACGGCUACGCGUCUCUCAGAUGAGAACGGAGCUUGAGGAGAAGCUCCAAGUUGUGUUGAAGAAGCUUCUCGAGGCAGAUGAUGGCAAGAAGCAGUCCGAGAAGGAAAUAAGAGCCAAGGAACUGAUUUCGACUCUCAAGCGGAUCUUCCCGGGCGUCAAAGGCCGUGUAAGCGACCUUUGCAAGCCUAAACAGAAGAAAUACUCCGAUGCAGUCAGCAUCGUACUUGGGCGGCACUUUGACGCCAUCGUUGUGGACAACGAGAAGACAGCGAAGGAGUGUAUCCAGCACCUUCGCGACCAAAGAGCUGGACAGGCGACAUUCAUUCCUCUGGAAACGAUUCAAGUUAAGGCCUUCAACUCCAACCUGAAAGGUCUGCACAGAGGAAUGCGCCCAGCGAUCGAGACCGUUGACUAUGACGACUCGGUUGCCAGAGCCAUCAGCUACGCUUGCGGCAACGCCAUUGUCUGUGACGAUUUGGCUACCGCCAAGUAUCUUUGCUACGACAGGAAUGUCGAUGCGAAGGCGGUCACUCUUGAUGGGACAGUGAUUCACAAGGGUGGUCUGAUGACUGGUGGUCGCGGCCCUCAGCAGAACUCGAAGCGCUGGGAGGACUCCGAGGUCGAAAACUUGUACAAGCUCAAGGACAAGUUGAUGGCGGACUUGGGUAACCUGCCCAAGGGUCAUCGCCGAGGAACCGAGGAGGAAACCUUGCAGGGUGAAUUGGUUGGUCUCGAGCAACGGCUCGCUUACGCUCGCGACGAACUGAAGGCCCUAGAGAGAAACCUCGAAAGCAAGCACAGUGAACUUGACUUUGUGAAGCGCCAGCUUGAGGAUGUAAGACCAAAGUAUGUUGAGCGUCAAGAAUUGCUUGAAGAGCUUGAUCAAACAAUUGCUACUUCUCAAGAGACUGUCAGCAGUGUGGAGGAUGAGGUAUACAAGAAGUUCUGCAAGCGUCUCGGAAUAUAGUAAUAUCCGCGAAUAUGAAGUUCAACAAGGCUCUUUGCAGGAGGAGGCUGCUCAGAAGAAGCUCGAGUUCACCACACAAAAGAGCAGAAUCGAAAACCAGCUUAGCUUCGAAAAGCAGCGCCUUCAGGCAACGGCUGACCGUGUUGCUGGGCUUCAGGCACAACAGCAACGUGACGAGCAGUUAACCGAGGAGCUUCAGGCUGAGCAAGAGAGCAUCCGAAACCAAUUGGAUGAAUUCGAAGCCGAACUUGACAUUUUGCGUGAGAAACUCGAGAAGCAAAAGGAGGCUUACGCGCAGUCAGCCGAGAACCUUGCACAACACCGCCGGGAGCUCCAGAAACGUAGCAGAGAAGUCGAAGGGACGAUCAAGAACAUCAAUGCCCUGGAGGCGGAAAUACAACGCAAUUCGUCUAGUCGAUACGCUCUACUCCGGCGUUGCAAGCUUGAAGACAUUGACAUUCCAUUGACCGAGGAUUCGAAUCCGCUUGACCAACUUCCUAUCGAUGAACUGGUUCAGGCGGCAGACCCCGACGCCAUGGAUGUGGACGAAGAUGGCGCUGGAAGCGGUGGUCAAGCGUUCAUGGUGCAAGACUACGGCAUUGAAGUCGACUUUGACUCCCUGGGAGAAACUCUGAAGGAGGAGAGCGACGAGAAGUUAGAAGAGGAGCUGCUUGAGAAGGUUCGGUCCCUCAACAGUGAGCUCGACAAGAUGGCACCCAACACGCGCGCUAUGGAGCGUCUUGAGAGCGUGGAGAACAAGCUUAAGGCGACGGAGAAGGACUUUGAGGACUCCCGCAAGCAUGCUCGAAGGACCAAGGAUGACUUUGAGGAUGUGAUGCACAAGCGUUCCGACCUCUUUAACAAAGCCUUCUCUCACAUCUCCGAGCAAAUUGGCCCCAUCUAUCGUGAGCUGACCAAGAGCACCAACUACCCGCUAGGUGGACAAGCCUAUCUCGACAUCGAGGACUCCGACGAGCCGUACCUCGACGGUAUCAAAUACCAUGCCAUGCCCCCUCUCAAGCGAUUCCGCGACAUGGAGCACCUUUCCGGUGGUGAGAAAACCAUGGCUGCCCUGGCCCUGCUAUUCGCCAUCCACUCUUACCAGCCAUCGCCGUUCUUCGUGCUGGACGAGGUCGAUGCGGCGCUGGACAACACCAACGUUGCCCGGAUCGCCAACUACAUCCACGACCACGCGGCGCCAGGCAUGCAGUUCAUCGUGAUCAGUCUGAAGAACGGGCUCUUCCAGAACAGUGAAGCGCUGGUUGGAAUUUACCGGGACCAGGUAGAGAACAGCAGCAAAUCCUUGACCCUUGAUGUAAGACCCUUCACUUUUUAUUCUUCGUUUGAAGUCACAGGGAUACUAACAGUUCUUCAACAGCUUCGUAAAUAUAACUAA